AUGAUAGCAGUUUCAGAUAAUAAACCUGUUACAAUGCACAGAUUUGCCGAUUGCACAGAUGGCUGCCCAGAUGGCGGAGGUCAUUGUGACGCAGAUGGCAGUCCAAACAUGGCAAGGGUUUGCAUCAACACAACACCCUCUCCUAUAAUAUCUCUAGAGAACCAAAAGCCUGCCUACUGUGAUGGCAUUGGAUCUGAUUCAGCCCUCACGACUCACAGGAACAGACGCAAGCAAAUUCCCGAGAAGCCCAACAUGAGUCUUAACCUGUGGAACUUUAUGAAGAAUGCCAUAGGCAAAGAGUUAUCCAAGAUUCCUAUGCCGGUGAACUUCAAUGAACCAUUAUCCAUGUUGCAAAGAAUCAUGGAGGAGAUGGAAUACUCUGAAAUCCUAGAUCAGGCCGCACGCUGCACAGACUCUACAGAACAGAUGGCCUGGGUGGCUGCCUUUACUGUAUCAUCAUACGCGACAACUGUGUACAGGGUUGGAAAACCUUUCAACCCACUGCUGGGAGAGACUUAUGAGUUUGACAGAAUGGAAGACCUUGGUUGGAGAGGCAUUUCUGAGCAAGUAUCCCAUCAUCCUCCUAUGCUGGCCACACAUGUUGACGGAAGAGAGUGGACCACCUGGCAAGAAUUCACCAUGACAACCAAAUUCAGGGGGAAAUAUCUUCAGAUUAUUCCUAUGGGUAUAGCCCACCUUGUUUUCCACAAGUCAGGUAAUCAUUACACCUGGCGUAAAGUCACUACAACUGUUAACAACAUCAUCAUGGGUAAACUGUGGAUGGACAACCAUGGAGAAAUGGACAUCGCUAAUUACACAACAGGGGACAAAUGUCACCUGAAGUACUACCCCCACAGCUACUUCUCCAAUGACAACCCUAGAAAGGUAUCAGGAGUCGUAAAGAAUUCUCAGGGCAAUGCCAAAUGGGUUUUAAAUGGAUCAUGGGAUCAGAAAAUGGAAGCAGCACCAGUGAUCCAUGAUUCUGGUAAAGGGAAGUCUGGCUAUGAAACAGGCUCACACAAAUGUCUGUGGAACGUGAGACCUCUACCACCAGGUGCAGAGAAGAUUUACUUUUUUAGCCAACUGGCUAUCGAAAUGAACGAACCAGAGCCAGGUGUGGCACCCACUGAUUCCAGAAACAGACCAGAUCAGCGACUCAUGGAAGAAGGGAACUGGGAUGAAGCCAAUCGUGUGAAAGUCAGGCUAGAGGAAAAACAGAGAGAAGUGCGUAAGAGAUGGGAAGCUGAAGCAGAAAAGGCUAAACUGGAAGGUCGAGAAUGUCCCCAGUAUGAACCGACCUGGUUCAAGAAGGAGGAGGACAUCACCACUGGCGCCCCCAUCUACACCUACAACAAGCAGUACUGGAAGUGCAAAGCAUGCCAGGAUUGGAGCAUGUGUCCAGACAUCUUUUUAUGA